AUGUACUUGGAGGACUGAAUAGUUCAGCUGCAGCUAUGGAAUGCAGCUGGCCAGGAGAACUUUUGCAGCCUAACUAGCAACAUUCAUGAUUCAACUAUUGCUGUGGUUGUCUAUGAUAUCACAAACAUCAACUUUUUCAAGGAAACAGAUAAGUGGGUAGAAGAUGUACUGGCAGAGUAUAUCAUCAUCAUGUUGGUGGGUAACAAGAUUGAUCUGAACAACAAAAGGAAAGUCUCUACCGAGGAGGCAGAAGAAAAAUCCAGAGACCUCAAUGUGAUGUUUAUUGAGAACAGUGCCAAAUUCACCACUGCUUAUUCUUUUGGAUAA